CCCUCAACAACUUAAUGGCCAUGACGAUUUAGUUACCCAUAUUACAACAGAAGAAAAUGCUGUGACAUCCAAAUCUAAGAUACCAGCUAAAGGCAAGAAGGUUGCCAGAAGGGGAUCAGGGUUCUCAAAGGAGGAGGACAAGAUCAUAUGCUCAGCCUUUCUGAACAUCAGCAAAGAUCCAAUAACAGGAGUGAAUCAAAGCAGUGGCGGGUACUACAAAAGAAUUCAUGACUACUACAAGCAACACAAGCCCGAGGGACCAGAGAGAAGCCAAAUUGCUAUUCAACAUCGAUGGGUUGCCAUCCAGAAAGCUGUCAACAAAUUCUGUGGCUUCAAAUCAGCUGUAGACCGCAGGGAUUAGAGUGGCACGAACGAACAAGAUAGGAUCGAUGAAGCUAUCAAGAUGUUCGAAAAAAAUGAACCUUUCACCUAUUUACAUUGCUGGAAGUUGUUGAAGGAUGAGGUAAAAUGGAGUGACAGAAUGGUGGAGUUGAACGCAGCUGCAUCCAAGCCACCACAGGCUGCAGCUGAAUCAGGCAGCAACAAUGGUCAACCUGCUCGGCCUGAGGGUAGGGAUGCUGCUAAACGCCGCAAGACAGACGGUGGUCCUGAUUCAUCAGCUUCAAGCACUGCCUUUGCUGUGCUGCAGCAAAUGAAUGACAGGUGCGAAGAAUCAGGUCAACAGCAGGAAGCCCAUAUGCAGAAGAUUUUGGGCAUGAAGGAAAACAAGAUAGCACUAGAGGAGAAGAUGUAUGACCUGCACAAGCAGGAUGCAGAGAGGAGGGCUAUGCUGAAGGAAGAGCAUUUGAAACUCACCAAGAUGGACAUUGAGGUGAGGGACAAGCAAAGUGAGGCUCAGCUUCUAACUGCUGAGAUUGGUAUCAUGGGUGCAGACUUAGAGAAGCUUGCACCUAAUGUUAAAGCGUACUACCUUGCUAUGCAGGCUGAGAUUAUGAAGCGUAGGGGAAUUAGAAGCCCUACCAGUUCUGAUAUGUGAUGUUCUGAGAAUAAUUUAUGUGCUGUUACCAUGUAGACAAUGGUUUGUAUUUCAUUUGAAAUCUGUAACUUAUGUGUGCAGACAAU